CCCAUAAUGCAGCGCGGGCGAAGGGUUAGUUCGCUGUCUGUGGUGCUGAAGCUGCGCGUGCCGGCGACUCAAGCGCAAAAGCGGAGCACAAUCGAGCGAUCCGCCUUCACCCAAGAUCACUCUGCAAAACCACCGAGUAAGGGGAGACGGGGACAAAAGCGCAGUGGAGAGGGGAGCCAAUCCCACAAUACCACGAAGGUUAUCAUCUGUCUUUUUGUAUAUAGUCGAAAUUAAUUUAUUUUGUUUUGUAAGGAUUUAUGUUAGCCUAUUUUUGGUCGAGCUCUGCUUUUUUGCUGAAUUUCCAUUCCCGCUUUCAUCGAAUCCUUUAUGCACAGCACGCUGAUUCAGUCCUCCCAAGGAAAACAGGCAUUCGUGUCGGAACAGCAUGGCCUGCAGCUGUCGUGCACACUGAGAGAUAUGGAAGCCAAGCAGCACUCGAUCAAAAGCCUGAAGAGCUACCCAGAGGCAGGGGGCCGAAGCCUGGCAGCGGCUGCGGGUGCGGACGUUAGCGGCGGUGGGGGUGGAGGCGUCGGGUACCGAGCCGGUGCGGCGGAGCUGGAGAUGGAGGCAAAAAUACAGAAAGCGGUGGACUUUAAGGUGGAGGGCCACCGCUGCUACAAGGAGAAGAAAUUCCGGGAAGCGAUAGGGAAGUAUCAUCGGGCUCUGUUGCAGCUGAAGGGGGUACAUGUAGCCGAGGGGACCACUGGCUCCGAGGUUAACCUACUGAACCAAGCCGCAGUUAGGCUGACCGAUGAUCAGCGGAGAGCCGUGGAGAGCACGGAGAUCGAGUGCUACGACAGCCUGACAGCAUGCCUCCUACAGUCGGAGCUGGUUAACUACGAAAGGGUGAAGGAGUACUGCCUGAAGGUCCUGAGCCACCAGCAGGACCACUUCAAGGCCAUGUACCGCGCCGGCAUCGCCUUCUACCACCUGGGAGACUACGAGUGCGCCCUGCGCUACCUGCGUGACGCCAAGAGCCGCGAGCCCACAGACACCAAUGUGUUGCGUUACAUUCAGCUGACGGAGAUGAAGAUGAGCAAGAGUGGCCAGCGAGAUCGAGAGCCAUGCAAAGAAGCCAUGGGUUAAAGCCCCAGCCCCCGCCUUCCCCUGCUGCCUACCCCCUACCCCACUCAAGUAGAUAUCCCUCUUUGCCCUUCACCCCCGCCCCAGGGCAACAGUGACCCUGGCACCUCCAAGGCUGGAUGCAAUCCGCCCACCUGCGCUCCCUUACCUGCCUGCCCCCCCCUCACUCCUCCCCUAUUCCUCCACCCACACCCCUCCGGAACGUUCCAACCCCAUCCCUUUUCUCUGGAACAAUGCCAGGCACUGACUGACUACAUGCGAAAGCCAAUAAAAUAUAAAAAAAAUAAUGCUGAAUCAUAAUUAUAGUAACAGAGUAACAGUUCCGGUUGUAAAAAAUGUUAAUGAUUAGAAGAAGAAAAUGAAAGGACACAGCUUAACGUUUAUUUAUUGAAGACAAAAAACUAAAUGUAGAGAAAAAUAUUAAUGUACUGUAUGUAAGCUUUCUUUUGUAUUAAAAAAAGAAAAAAGUUAAUUAGGUAAGUAAACAUACCUGCUGGUGACUGUGGUUGUAGUAUGGUGGUAGUUUGGGGAGGAAGGGCGUGGCCUGGACUAGGUGAGCAAGCCAUGGCCCUUCACAGUAACCAAGACUCUAGUUUUAAACACAGAUGAGCAGCACAGUCUUUCACCCCUGCUCUGAGAGACUCCACCCACUCUCUUAAUUCAAGCAGUUCCACCAAUCAGGAGAGGGAGGUGGGUGGACAUGCCAGAACAUAACUCCUGUCUUUUUACUGUUGUAAAAUACCCAUCGGCCUGGAUUUGUUUUCUUUUUCUAUCUCUCUUUUUUAAAUAUUCCCUGUGCGUUCUGAUUUGUCUGAAUUCAAGGGCUAAUACAGUGUUUCUAGUUUGUUCUUUGAUAUCUGGUUUAAAUCUUUAACUUUUUGUUGGUUUGUUUUGUGUUUUUUUUUUUUUUUUGAGGGGGGAGGGGGGGUAGUUGUUUUCAAUGUGGUAAUUAUCAUUUUUUUGAAGCAAGCAUGAGUCUGUUCUCUCUUUAAGGUACAAAAGCAAAACAGAGAAGGCAUUGUUGUUUAAAAGAUGUGUUUAGUAAGUCUGUGUUUUGAGCCUUUGUCCUUAUUUUGGAUAUGUUACAUGGUAAAGAAUAUUAACUGCAUGGAGUGUGGUCCAGUCAUUGUGGCCACCCUCCAUGGUCCACUAUGGAAAAUGUUUUUAGACCUGUUUAUAAGUACUGUAAUGGUGCACUACUCUGGCACAUAGUACAUUGCACCAUACUGUCCUUGAAUCAUAAAUCAUCUAUCACAAGGCAGAGUUUUCACAGUCAUACUUAUAGCAGUGCUUGUGCUGGAAAAUUUGACUGUCAACAUUUGAAGUGAAUCUUAUUAACCUAUCUGAAAUGUGUCUCAUAUUUGAACCAGUUGAUCUAUAAAUCAGCUUCACUUUGCUGUUUUUAAGUUUUAAGUGUGUAUUUUAAACGUUACCUGUCAACAAAGUACAAUGAAAGUUUUAUUAAGUCUAUACCUGUGCAAAACAAAAAACUAUGUAUUUUAAUGAUUGAAAAUAGGAAUAAUAGCAACAAUAAAAGAGGUGAAAUCUUUAAGGUGGUACAAAACUAUAGCUGUAGGAGCUAGCUAAGUGUGGACAUUUGCCUCUCAUUACUGCUGUGAUUUUAGCCCAGGCUGAGUGACCUUUCUUAAAUAGCACUGCUAUAAUGAUCCGUGAUCUUCAUCAUUGAACCCCUUCACACCCAUGUGAAACAAAUUUGAAAUAAAUGACUAAUAUAGUGUUAAGUAAUCUGUGCCAAUUGCCAUACAGGAGGGAGGGGUUCCAAUGCACUGUUCUUAGAGGAACUGUACAUGUAAAAAUGAAUAAAUGAGUAAAUACAUGCCAUAAAGCUUUAAAAUCACAAACAUGGGGCCCAAUUAGAGACAAACUAAUUAUACUCACAUGUCACAGCAAAUACAGCCCUUCAGUGCCAGUUACCAGCUGUGCAAAUUGACAGAGUUUUUUUCAGGGACAUGCUCAGUGACUAAUUCCACCGCUGACUCAGUGAGUUUAAUUUACAGGCUGCACACCCGUACUUGAGUUCUGCCACGUCAGUCAGUGACCUCUGCAGCCAUGGUCAAGAUCUCCUAGCAACUUGUGUCAACCUGCACAGCCUCUGAAUUAGAUGAACACAUUGGCAAUUAAUGAGAAAACGGAUCACCUCAUUUUCGAGUGUCCUAGUAUUUGCGAUCUAAAUAUAUUGGUUUGGCUCUGGAGAAUACAUAACCCCGCCAUUAAAUUGAUGUCCAAGAAAGCGAUGGUUCUGCCGGCAGAUUGCUGUGACACUGUAGGGACAUGGCAAAUGUUAAUUUGGCAUUUGGGGGAUGUGAGAACAUAGUGGGAGGUUGCAGUGGGAGCUGAGUGCGGCAGUCAGGGAAAUGGUGGCUGGGUCAGAUUUGGACAGGGGCCCAGGGCAGUGCUGCCUCUUCUCUUUCUCUCUGCCUCUCUCUUUCUUUUUCUCCCUUUCCUCACUGGCCCCUCCCUCUGUCUUUGUGUGCCCAGCUCUUCAUUUCCUUUUCUCAUCUCCAUCCUUUCUAACAUUCAUCCUUCUCUCUCCCCAUCUCCUCUUCUCUCCUUCUGUUUUUGCUCUAUCUCUUUCUCUCUCUGUUUGUGGGAGAAGCUGAGGCAGUGAUAAAGCAGGCACACAUCCCUUGAGCUGAGUAUUGCCAUCUGUCUUUUGGGACAUUGUGCUCCUCUCUGGUCCUGUACAAACCCCACAGUCUGGCACCCUGUCUUUUUCUGCUUCAUCAGCCAUAUCCCUCCGAACCCUCUCCCUCUCAGCCCCCCACCCCACCCAAACACACACACCCCGGGGCUGUCCUCUGCCUGUGUUAAAAGAGAGGCUUUCAUCCUUAAAUCCACAGCUACACCCAUCUUCAGACUAAAGCACAACUGCAGACACAAGGAAACUUCAAAUCCCAGGAUUCCUUCCUUUGGCUGUCAUCACUUGUGGUGCUUGAGGCUUGUUUAAUGUCGGUGUUUCCUUGUGCUUUCCUAACAGAUUGUUUCCUUUUUUAAAUGGAUGUGAUAAUUACAAGCUUUAAGUGACUUGAUUUCUGAGAUAAGGGUGUGGGUAUAUGUUGGUGUACAUGAGCGCAUGUGAAUCUUAAUCACUGCAGAGUUUUGGACCGGCGUUUAGUGGCCAGGGGUCUGUCCGUUUAUAUCUGUGAAGGACAGGGGAUGAGAGUUCUGUGAGAUCAGAAGACAGAGAACACCCUGGACCAUUCCACGUUUCCUUUUUCUAUGUUUAUUUGUGUCUCAGAGAGAAAGAGAGAGAGACAAUAGAAUCAUGAACAGAGGACAAUCUCGGAUACGGAUCAAUUUCCUUGGUGGACGUGGAACACACAUUAUCUCUAUGGAUGAAGCAUUUACAGUUAAAAAAUAAAUAAAUGGGGAAAAUAUCUCAAACCAAACCAUGACAAACUGGUUACGUGGAACUGCUAGCCCAGGAAUGCACUAUGGAUAUCCAAAAUAAAGCUGAAAAUAAUGUGCGA